CCUACGCUUAGUCUGGAGAAGGGGUUAAUGCAGAGAGGGAGACACCCGACAAUAAGGGAGCGUAGGACAUUCCACAAGGCUUGUAGUGGAGGGAUAGAAGGAGAAAGGAAAAGGGAAACGGAAUUGAUCGACUACCGCACGGCGGACGCCCGACCUCAGCAGGUGCAGAGCUUCGCGACAACAGCAACGGCACGGACUAGACCGUUGGAAGCCCUCUCUGAGCUCUCCUUGGCAUGGCGGAUGCUGACAGAUGCAGCAACGGUGGCUUAUACCUUGGCCCCGUGCUCAGGCCGUUAA